GCCAGGCACCUGGAGAGCCACCCCGCACGCCCCACUGUCCGACCCGGCCCGGCCGCGGGGUCCCCGGCAGGGGGCGGCCUCGCUCCGUGCCGCCCGCUCCUCCUGCAGCCGCCACCGCCCCGGCUGCCGCUCCUCCCCCGGCCCCGCCUCCCUGGCCCCCGCGCCGCCCGCCUGUCCGCCGGUCUCUGCAAGGCCGUCGGUCCGUCCGCCCGCCCUCCCGGCGCUCCUCCGCCCUGGCCCCGCUAUUCCGGCCACGCACGUCGCUUCCUCGGUUCCGGCCGCCGCUAGCCCGUUCCCCGCCCCCAGGCCGGCCGCCGCCGCUACUCGAGGCCGGGGAUUGGCAGUGCGCGUAGGCCGCGCCGCCGCCGCUGGAGCCGGAAUAAAGGGGCGGCCGAGAGAGCAGCCGGUCGCCACUCGCCCCGCGCCUGACCCCGCGGGCGGCCUGGAGCAGGAGAAAACUUAGAAACUUUUCGAUGUUUGAGGCAGAGAAGCUGGAAACCUGAAAGUCGGUUGCAUGUAAUUCUAAAAGUUCCUCCCUCUCGCUGUCAUUACCUUCUGCUGCCACAAAGUGGCCUGGCCACUGUGAUUUGGAGGAUUUAGGAGUUUUGGGUGCUCUGGGAGAUAACUAGAGCAGGAUGUUCUGCUGUGGAGACCUCCAGGCUGGAACCAGUCAUCGGGGAAGGCAGAGCCCCUCCGGCCUCGAGGGCACCCUGCUUUGGAGAGCCACGCCAGCCUGUAGGCAGAGCCUUGUGGUCCGCCUAGGUUAAUGCCUCAGGCUGUCUGACCAGCCCCUCUUCUGUGCCUUGUCCGAGGUUUUGGUCCAUACCUGAUCCUGGGCAGCUUCUCCCUGGGCUGGAUCGCCUUAAGCGGGAAACUGAAGCCAUUACUCUCCAAACCCUGUUUCAUCUUCCCAAGCAUGUCGGAGAGCUGGCAGCAGCCCCCGCAGACGCAGCCGCAGCAGCCGCAGCCACCGCAGCCUCAGCACCACGCAGAGCCCCCGCCGGCCCUGGCUGAGCACACCCUGCCCCCGGGCUCGGCCGAGAACCCCCUGGGCUGUGCGGUCUACGGCAUCCUCCUGCAGCCAGAUCCGGGCCUCCAGCCCCCGCAGCACGCGCCCCUGCAGGCGGCCAGCGAGCCGGGCCCCAAGUGCGGCGUGUGUGGCCACGACCUGGCGCACCUGUCCAGCCCGCACGAGCACCAGUGUCUGGCGGGCCACGACCGCUCCUUCCAGUGCACGCAGUGUCUCAAGAUCUUCCACCAGGCCACGGAUCUGCUGGAACACCAGUGCGUGCAGGCCGAACAGAAGCCUUUCGUCUGCGGCGUCUGCAAGAUGGGCUUCUCGCUGCUCACGUCGCUGGCGCAGCACCACAGCGCGCACAGCGGCACGAGCGGCCUGGUGAAGUGUUCCAUCUGCGAGAAGACCUACAAGCCGGCGGAGGCGGCAGAACCCGCGACAGCCGCUGCAGCCGCCACCCCCCUGCCCCCAGCCCCCGCGCCGCCGCCGCCGCCGCCGCCCGCCGUGGCCCCUGGCGAGCAGGCGGACAAGCCCUACAGCUGCCCCAUCUGCCAGAAGCCCUUCAAGCACCUGUCGGAGCUGUCGCGGCACGAGCGCAUCCACACGGGCGAGAAGCCGUACAAGUGCACGCUGUGUGACAAGAGCUUCAGCCAGUCGUCGCACCUGGUGCACCACAAGCGCACGCACAGCUCGGAGCGGCCGUACAAGUGCGCCGUGUGCGAGAAGACCUUCAAGCACCGCUCGCAUCUGGUGCGCCACAUGUACGCGCACUCAGGCGAGCACCACCUGUUCCGCUGCAACGUGUGCGAGCUGCACUUUAAGGAGUCCUCGGAGCUGCUGCAGCACCCGUGCACGCCGAGCGGGGAGCGGCCGUUCCGCUGCGGCGAGUGCCAGAAGGCCUUCAAGCGGCCGUCGGACCUGCGGCAGCACGAGCGCACGCACAGCGCAGAGCGGCCCUUCAAGUGUGACCUGUGCCCCAUGGGCUUCAAGCAGCAGUACGCGCUCAUGCGCCACCGGCGCACGCACAAGGCCGAGGAGCCGUUCAAGUGCGGCCUGUGCGAGAAGGGCUUCGGGCAGCCCAGCCACCUGCUCUACCACCAGCACGUGCACACCCUUGAGACCCUCUUCAAGUGCCCCGUGUGCCAGAAGGGCUUCGACCAGUCGGCCGAGCUGCUGCGGCACAAGUGCCUGCCCGGCGCGGCCGAGCGGCCCUUUAAGUGCCCCGUGUGUAGCAAGGCCUACAAGCGCGCGUCCGCCCUGCAGAAGCACCAGCUGGCGCACUGCUCGGCCGCCGAGAAGCCGCUGCGCUGCACCCUGUGCGAGCGCCGCUUCUUCUCGUCCUCUGAGUUCGUGCAGCACCGCUGCGACCCGGCCCGCGAGAAGCCGCUCAAGUGCCCGGACUGCGAGAAGCGCUUCAAGUACGCGUCCGACCUGCAGCGGCACCGGCGGGUGCACACGGGUGAGAAGCCCUACAAGUGCCCCAACUGUGACAAGGCCUUCAAGCAGCGCGAGCAUCUGAACAAGCACCAGGGGGUGCACGCCCGCGAGCAGCAGUUCAAGUGCGUGUGGUGUGGUGAGCGUUUCCUGGACGUGGCGCUGCUGCAGGAGCACAGCGCCCAGCACAGUGCCGCCGCUGCUGCUGCCGAAGGCGCGUACCAGGUGGCUGCCUGCCUGCCCUGAGUGCCGCCCAAAUGCGCGCCUCCGAGCGCCCCCAACGGCUCCUGCCCCGCACUCUGCCCGCCCGUGCCCU